AAAGUUUGUGGUGAGGCCGCUCACCGCACUGCCCAGCCUGUGGGCAGAGAAUGAGGGAGUGCUGUCUUGAGAAGUUUGCUGAGCACUGAGCACAAGGACGUCCAGAGUGUGGAGCCCUUGGGGUGGCACAGCGUCUACACUGUCUUCUACAGCAAGGAGAGGGCCAGGCUGUUUCCACCAGUGAAGAGAAAUCUGAAGAUUUAAGAAAUCUGAAAUUGAAGGGAGAAACUCAGUGGUGGCUCAUUUGUAGAAUAAAAAGCUACUUCUCCAGUGAAAUUGCACCUCGUCAAGAGAAUCACAGUGGUGACGUGAAGCAUCACCAGGAGGGGUGUAACAGGACAAGUCCCGUUGGAUCACGGCGUUUCUAAGAUUCACUUCCCCCCUGUUAUCUCUGCUGGUGAACCAGAGUGGUUGAACUUCCACCCCCUUCUAUACCAGGCCCGCCUUUUCUGCCAAGAGUAAGCACCACAAUGAGUGGGGAAGCAAUGAAUUUCAGCACCGUCUUCAACUUCAAUGAGGACUAUUUUGGGUCGGGUAAUAUUUCGGAUUAUUCAUUUGAUGAUGACACCUUACUGUGUUCCUUGCAAGAGGUCAGAAAAUUCUCUGGGCUCUUUGUGCCCAUGGCUUACUCCCUGAUAUGUGUCUUUGGCCUUCUGGGCAACAUUUUGGUGGUGGUCACCUUUGCUUUUUAUAAGAAAGCCAAGUCCAUGACAGACGUUUAUCUCUUGAAUAUGGCCAUUGCUGACAUUCUGUUCGUUCUCACCCUCCCGUUCUGGGCUGUUAGCCACGCCACGGGUGAGUGGAUUUUCAGCAAUGCCCUAUGCAAGCUGAUGAAGGGCAUCUACGCCGUCAACUUCAACUGUGGGAUGCUGCUCCUGGCCUGCAUCAGCAUGGACCGCUACAUCGCCAUCGUGCAGGCCACCAAGUCGUUCCGGCUGCGGUCCAGAACCCUGGCGCACCGCAGGAUGAUCUGCUUGGUGGUGUGGGUGGUGUCAGUGCUCAUCUCCAGCUGGACGUUCGUGUUCAACCAGAAGUACAGUGUGCAGGGCAGCGACGUGUGCGAGCCCCGCUACCACGAGGGCUCCGACCCCAUCAAGUGGAAGCUGCUGAUGCUGGGGCUUCAGCUCCUCUUUGGCUUCUUCAUUCCCCUGGUGUUUAUGAUUUUCUGCUACAUGUUCAUCGUCAAAACCCUAGUGCAGGCUCAGAACUCCAAGCGGCACAAGGCUAUCCGCGUCAUUAUCGCCGUGGUGCUGGUGUUUCUGGCUUGCCAGAUCCCCCACAACAUGGUGCUCCUGGUGACAGCCGUGCAGCUGGGCAGGAUGAACCGCUCCUGCCAUGGCCAGAAGCUGCUGGGCUACAGCACCAACGUCACCGAGGUCCUAGCCUUCCUGCACUGCUGUCUCAACCCCGUGCUCUAUGCCUUCAUUGGGCAGAAGUUUAGGAGCUACUUUCUGAAGAUCGUGAAGGAUCUGUGGUGUGUGCGACGGAGGCAGAAGGCGCCGGGCUUCUCCUGCUCCAGGCUGUACUCAGAAACCUUCACCUCCAGGCAGAACAGUGAGACCGUGGACAACGAAAACGCGUCGUCCUUCACCAUGUGACCGGCCCGGAGCGGGCGGUGCCCGGGGGCUCGGGGAUGGUAGACGUGCACUCAGGAGCACUGUCCUCCUGCAGCCCCAAGCCCCCAGGGUACCCUACAGCUGGCCUUCCCCAAAGCAGGCCCCGGGGAAUGCCGAAUUGGAGCCAACUGUGCACAAGUGUGGAUGUUUUCAGGAAUAUUAGUGAAGAAGCUCUAGAGCACAGUUUCUCCUGAUCACAGCAAAAUGCACAGGGUUUGGAAAACCAAGACGGAAAAAAAUCACUUAAGAGCCCUCGCACAACUCAUUUCAGGCAGAAGGUGAAACACUUCACCCAAGCUGGGAAAGUGGCGUGGGGAGAUGGACAGUGGCUGGAUACGCACUGG